GUUCUGUAUUUCGCGCGUAGUCUUGAGUUGGACAAGAGUAGCAAUGGACGUCGCUCGAAAAAUAAAGACAAAAGUGUCUGCCGGCUUCAAGAUGCGGGGUCUUAUACUGCGACCUGAAGCCAGCAGGUACCUUGUGGAGGCCCUUGAGUCUGUCAAUGUGUCUGAAGUGGAUGAUAUUAUUGAACGGGUCCUUGAUGCAGUGGAAAAACAACCGUUGUCCUCCAGUAUGAUAGAGCUGUCUGUGGUGGAAAGUGCUGUUCAGGAUUGCACCCAGUCCUGCGAUGAAACCAUUGAUAAUGUUUUCAACAUUAUUGGAGCCUUCGAUGUGCCCAGAUACAUUUACAGUGUGGAGCGCAAGAAGUUUGUUCCCAUCAGUAUGACAAGCCAUCCAACCCCCAGUCUGUGUGGCUUGGCCAAAGACAAAGCUGAACUCUUCAGGGAGCGCUACACCAUCUUACAACAGCGUACACAUCGACAUGAGCUCUUCACCCCUCCUGCAAUUGGAGCUGCUGUUGAAGAGGGUCAAAAUAAAUUUCAGCUCAAGACAAUUGAAGCACUGCUGGGUAGCACAUCCAAAUUGGGAGAGGUGAUUGUACUGGGGAUGGUCACACAGCUUAAAGAGGGUAAAUAUUACCUGGAGGACCCAACUGGAACGGUACAGCUGGACAUGUCUAAAGCUCAGUUUCACAACGGGCUGUACACAGAAUCCUGCUUUGUCCUGGCAGAGGGUUGGUAUGAGGACUCAGUCUUCCAUGUCAAUGGCUUUGGGUUUCCACCUACGGAGCCAUCAUCAGGCACAAGGGCAUACUACGGCACCAUAAACUUCUUUGGAGGACCAUCCACCACCUCUGUGAAGGCCUCAGCCAAGCUGAAGCAGCUAGAGGAGGAGAAUGAGGAUGCCAUGUUUGUUGUUGUUUCUGACGUGUGGUUGGACAGCGUUGAAGUGAUGGAAAAGCUCAACUUAAUGUUCUCAGGAUAUUCUUCAAUGCCUCCCACCUGCUUCGUUUUCUGUGGUAACUUCUCCUCUGCCCCGUAUGGAAAGACACAAAUCAAAUCACUCAAAGAGUCAUUGAAGGCCCUCGCUGAUGCCAUAUGUUCAUACCCCAGUAUUCAUAGCAGUAGUCGCUUUGUGUUUGUUCCCGGCCCUGAAGACCCUGGUCCAGGCACCAUCCUGCCCCGGCCUCCAUUGGCUGAUCACAUCACAGAGGAGUUCAGACAGAGGGUGCCAUUUUCUGUGUUCACUACAAACCCAUGCAGGAUCCAGUACUGCAGCCAGGAGAUUGUCAUCAUCAGGGAGGACCUGGUCAACAAGAUGUGCAGGAACUGCAUCAGGUUACCCAACAACAAUCUUGACAUUCCAAACCAUUUUGUGAAGACCAUCCUGUCCCAGGGUCACUUGACACCACUGCCUUUGUACGUCAGUCCUGUCUUCUGGGCUUAUGAUUACUCUCUGCGUGUCUACCCAGUCCCUGAUGUUGUCAUCUUUGCAGACAAAUACGACCCCUUCACCAUCACAAACACAGAGUGCCUGUGUGUCAACCCGGGCUCAUUUCCGAGAAGCGGCUUCACAUUUAAGGUGUACUACCCAUCAAACAGAACCGUCGAGGACAGCAAACUUCAGGGACUCUAAAGAAAAUCAUGGAGAAGAACCAGUCAUUUUGUAAAUUGUCUUUAAAUGAUGUGUAUGCUUGUAAUGGAUUAGUAAUAAAAGAAUACUGUUCUAUUUUUA